AUGUCCAUGGACGAUGAUCUCUUCAAUGUCGGGGAUAACGACGAGGAUAUGCUAGAUGCAGAGGAGGAAAACGAUAGCUAUGGCAUGGACGUGGACCAGAACGACCAGAACGAAGAUGAAGACGAGAAUGGUGAUAAUAACGAAAACGACGAAAAUGACGAGAACGACAACGAGGAGGGGAACAACGACGACGACGGAAAUGAUGAGGAAGAGGGAAAUGACGACGAUGAAGAAGAUGAAGACGGAGAAGAUGGCGAUGACGACGACAAACACAAAGAACAAAAGUCUCAAGACGCCAAUGACAAUAAUAGAGAAGCAGAGAAAAAAGACGAACAAAACGGAAACAGCGAGGAGGAUUCGGCCAAUAAGGAAAGCAAUGGGCUGGAGGAGGCCAAUGGCGCCUCUGUUCCCAACGACGCCGUCAGUAUAAGACAGAGGGCUCUAGAAGGCAUGAAGAAAGCCAAUUACCUUGAUAUUUCGCCGAUGGUGGCGUGUCCAUACGCGAACCAGUGUCAUUCCUUUGCAGUUUCCGAGGGUCCCAAGUGGCUCUUGACCGGCGGUGAGGACGGGUUCAUCAGAAAGUACGACUUCACUGCAUCCAUAGAGGGAAAACUGCCGCUUACGGUUGCUCAGAAGCACAAUUUAAUGGACAGCAUCACCAAGGCAGGUGUCAUUGGCUCGUACUGGGAAAACGAGCAGCCGCAGACGAAACAGCAAAUCAUGGACGGCAAUCCCAAAAUCAAACCCUCAGACUUCACCUCAGGUGCCAUUUCAUACGAACCCAAGGUCAAUCCCGUAUAUGCUCUAGAUGUCGAGAGAAACGGCUACUGGUGUCUUUCGGGCUUGCUGUCGGGCGGCAUUUCCCUUUACACAAUGAUCUACAACGAGGGAGCCAUUCACCACUACUUCCCUCACAACAGCCAAAAACAGGCUCAACAUUCCACGGCAAACGGCCAUCUGGACACCAUCUCCGUGCUCCGGCUCAACUUUGAGCAGAACAGGUUUCUCUCGGGCUCGUGGGACAAGACCAUCAGGGAAUGGGAUUUGAACACAGGCAAGGUGGUCAAUUUAUACCAGGGCAGCACCGGUCAGAUCUCCACCAUCCAGUACAGGCCGUUGGGACUAACAGACAUUACGUUUGAAGUGGACGGAACGGAAGCAAAAAACGACAAUAGUGAUGUGGAUUCGUUAUUCGGCGACAGCGAUGAGGAGAGAGACAAGGACGAUGAUGAGGCAGCAGCAGCCAAGUCGAAACCAGAGACAAAGGGCAAAAAUAAGGUGGUCACCUCUGACUCCAUCUUCAUGAGCUCCAAUAUCGACGGUACCGUGAACAUCUGGGAUGCUCGUGUAUCUACAUCCACUGCUACUCUUCGAAUUGGCGUUCCUGAGGGAGUACCACCCUGGUGUAUGACCUCGGCAUGGUCUAAUGACGGUGACAAGAUUUACGUGGGUAGGAGAAACAGUACCGUUGAAGAGCUUUCAUUGCGGAUGCCACAUAAACUGGGCACUGGCUCUACAGCGGUGCCAAAUGUAUCCAAAACACUCCAGUUCCCCAAGAUUUCCGGCCCUGUUUCUGCCCUUGCCGUAAUGCCUAAUGACAACUUCCUUCUAUGUGGCUCGAACGACAACAUCCGUCUUUACAAUUUGGGUCUCUACAACGAGUUUGCCCAGGAAACAACCGUGCUGAAAAAGAGAGCUACACCUUUCUUCGUCAUUCCUGGCCACCACGGCGGAAUGUUGAGUAAUUUAUAUGUGGACGAUACCGGCCGUUUCAUGAUAAGCACAAGCAUCCUAUGCUGA